AUGCCGCCCUCACGAGCAGACCGUCUUGCCCAGCUACGCGCGUUGCGUGCAGCGGGCAAGACUGCAUUCAACGACUACGAAGUCCAGGAAGCCGAGUCGAUAUACGAGACGGUUGACGACGAAGGGUAUAAAAAGGUGGUAAGAAGUCGACUCGAUCAGGACGAUUUCGUGGUCGACGACAAUGGCGAGGGCUAUGCAGACGACGGACGAGAAGACUGGCAGGAUGAGCGGCAGGCCAUGGAUGACAGCGAAAGCGAAGGAGAUCUGCCUGUAAACAGCAAAGCAGCCAAGAGGAAACGCGAAGACGACGCCGAACGCCAGGAGAAGCUCACCAAGGGCAUCAGCAAAUACUUCAACCAAAAGACAGCAUCUGCUGCACCAAAGCCGAAGCCAGUAAGGACUGCAGAGGAUGAUGCAUUCAUGGCAGAUCUCUUGGGUGAAGUCGACACGAACAUCCAGCGACGUGCACCUUCGUACGGCAAACAGAUCAAAAGCAACGACAGACGAAAGACUCGAGUGCUUUCACCUCCGUUGGAGGACCGAGAGAACGCUUCAUAUCGUUCCAAAGAUCCCUCGAAGAAGCAGAUCAUGGAUACACCUCCGCCUCUUCCAGCUGGCCAGGAUGACGAUGCCUACUUUGUGCAGCCUGACGAUGAUGUUCCAAUGAGCGAUCCGCUGCCUUCUUCGCCAGCUGCGAAAGCCGUGGAGCGCAAAGAAAGGAUCAAGACGGAAGAUAUCGAAGAGGACGAUUUGAUGGAGAUUGCCGAAGUGACAGGCUCGUCCAAGUUGAAGGCCGUCAAUGUGAACAUGCGAGGCAGUAGACCGGCGCCGAAGAUGGUCAAAGCAUCAUAUCCGACACCUGAUAGCUCGUCACCCACAAGAGCACCAGCAGACGAUGUCGACAUGACUGCAAUUAACAACGUUGCACAGAAGUUGAACAUCCUCAGCAGCCCGGCCGCAGAACCUGCCAUGGCCGGAAAGCUGGCCGCAAAAGAUGCCUGCGAGGACGAUGGCUCUUUGCGUUUCUUCUGGACCGAUUACACCGAGGUCAACGGCAGCCUUUGCCUGUUCGGAAAGGUCAAGAAUCGGAAAGAUGGCAGUUUCGUGUCUUGCUUUGUGAAGGUCGACAACAUCAUGCGCAAGCUGUACUUUUUGCCGAGAGAAAAUCGCAGGAAGCACGGUGUCGAGACCAACGAAGAGGUAGACAUGGGCAUGGUGUACGAGGAAGUCGAUGCACUUAUGACCAAGAACAGAGUGUCCAUGCACAAGAUCAAGCCAUGCACGCGAAAGUACGCCUUCGAGCUGCCCGAGAUACCAAAGGAGGCAGAGUACCUCAAGCUUCUGUACCCAUACGACAAGCAAUCGCUCCCCAUGGACAUGCAAGGAGAGACGUUCUCGCACGUCUUUGGCACCAACACCAACAUGUUUGAGCAAUUUGUCAUGUGGAAGAACAUCAUGGGACCAUGCUGGCUGAAGAUUGACGAUGCUGACUUUGGCGCACUGAACAACGCUUCGUGGUGCAAGCUCGAGCUACAGGUCAACAAGCCCAACAACAUCACCGUUAUGGGGGAGUCGGACAACCUAGAUGCACCACCUCUGACACUGAUGUCUCUCGCUCUGCGAACGACUUACAACCAGAAAGAGAACAAGAACGAGAUUCUGGUGGCCAGUGUGCGAUUCUACAACAACGUUGGACUGGCUGACACUACACCACCGGAGAAGAUUCCAAGUCGCCUUUUCACCAUCAUGCGGCCCCACGGCGAGUACCCCGGGGGGUUCAAGCCGAAGGCAGAGAAGCAAGGCCACAUGAUCAAGUUGGAAAGGAAUGAAGGCGCGCUCCUCUCCAUGCUACUUGCUAUCAUCGACAAGCAUGAUCCAGACGCCAUCAUGGGCCACCGACUAGACGACGUCGACUUCAACAUCCUGCUCAGCCGUAUGCGGGAUCGCAAGACUCCGGGUUGGCACCGCAUUGGCAGAAUGAAGCGUGGUGACUGGCCAAAGAACGUGGGCAAAGGGGGAGGAAGCUUCUUCGUAGAGCGCCAUCUUGCAGCUGGUCGUCUGCUUUGUGAUCUGGCGAACGACAUGGGAAAGAGUAUCAUGACCAACUGUCAGUCGUGGAGUCUGGACGAGAUGGUAGGACUGUACCUCGAUGGAACACGAAAAGAGAUCGACAACGAGCGAGCGCUAGCCAUGGCUGCAACUCCGGAUGGCCUGCUGAACUUCGUCAAGAUGUGCGAGAUCGACACCUACUACAUUGCAGCGAUUGCAUUGAAGCGUCAGCUUCUGCCAUUGACGAAAGUACUGACUAACCUUGCUGGAAACUCAUGGGCACGUACUCUAAGUGGCACUCGUGCGGAGCGGAACGAGUACAUUCUACUUCACGAGUUCUACCGCAACAAGUACAUCUGCCCAGACAAAGUCUUCGACAAAGGUGCUGCCAACAAGAAGCUCGAAGAAGACAAUCCUGAAGGUGAAGAGGGCGACCAUAAGAAGAAGAAAGACAAGUUCAAGGGUGGUCUCGUCUUCGAACCAGAGAAGGGCCUCUACGACAAGUUCAUCCUAGUCAUGGACUUCAACUCUCUUUACCCCAGCAUCAUCCAGGAGUAUAACAUCUGUUUCACCACAGUUGACCGCGGCGACAUCACCGAGGAGGACGAGAAGAUUCCGGAAGUGCCAGAUGAUACCUCUAACAAGGGUAUUCUCCCUAGGCUCAUUCGCACACUUGUCAGCCGACGAAGAGAAGUGAAGAAGCUGAUGAAGGACAAGUCGGCCACCGAAGAUCAACGCAAUACUUGGGAUGUCAAGCAGCAAGCCUUGAAGCUGACCGCCAACUCUAUGUACGGAUGUUUGGGCUACACGAAGUCGCGAUUCUAUGCCCGACCGUUGGCGGCUCUGACUACCUCGAAAGGUCGUGAGAUCUUGCAGUCCACCAAAGAUCUGGCAGAAUCUGCGCAUGCGCUCCGAGUCAUUUAUGGUGACACGGAUUCCGUCAUGGUCAACACCAACGUCGACAAUAUACUCGAUGCCAUCAAGAUGGGCAAGGAGUUUCAAAAGAGUGUCAACGAGAAGUAUGAACUGCUCGAGAUCGAGAUUGAUCAUAUCUUCUGUCGCCUACUGUUACACGCCAAGAAGAAGUAUGCUGCAAUCCAAAUGGUCGAAGCUGACGGCGGCGUCUGGAAGGAGAAGCUUGACGUGAAGGGUCUUGACAUGAGGCGAAGGGAAUACUGCCAGCUCUCUAAGGACGCUUCCAAGGAGCUCCUCAACUAUCUUCUCUCUGGCGAGGAGUCAGAAGUUGUCGUGUCCAAGAUUCACGACUACCUACGGUCUCUUGGCGAAAAGAUGCGACAGCAUGCGAUCCCACCACACAAGUACACCAUCUACACACAACUGGGCAAGGACCCGAAAGAGUACCCCAACAGCAACUCCAUGCCUGCGGUACAAGUGGCGUUGAAGAAACUGGCCAAGGGCAAGCCAGUAAAAGCGAAGGAUGUCAUGGCUUUCGUAGUCUGUGGCAACAGUGCUGGUAACAACGAGACCGCAGCAAAGAAUGCCUACGAGCUCGACGAGGUCAUGGCGAAAGACAGCGACCUGGUGCCAGACGUGGAUUACUACCUUCACAAGCAGAUUCUGCCACCCGUGGAACGUCUCUGCGCACCGAUCAGUGGCACAAACGUGACUCUCCUCGCAGAAUGCCUAGGCCUCGACACCAGCAAGUACCGCGUCUCUGGUGCUUCGAAGGCCGCAGAACAGUCCAACGAGAUCACACGACUAGAAAGUCAGAUUCCCGACCACAUUCGCUUCAAGGACUGCGAAGCACUCGAGCUCUUGUGUCUUGGUUGCAAACACCACUUCGAGUAUCGAGGACUGAACUACACGCCUCCUUCGGAUGAAGACCCUCUGGUACCGCUCGGCGUUCUCACGAAUGACGGGCUGGCAUGCCCCAGAGGCGAGUGCCGGAGAAAGAUCACCACGCUUGCACUCUCUGCGCAACUGGAACAACAGAUACGCCGCCACACCUCCAAGUACUAUUCCGCUUGGCUUAUCUGCGACGAUCCUGCAUGCGGUAUGCGAACACGGCAGAUGAGCGUCUAUGGUCACCGCUGUCUGGGACCAAAAGGGCUGGCAUAUGGGUGCAGUGGCAGGAUGAGUUUCGAGUACUCGGAGAAAGCUCUAUACAACCAACUCCUGUACCUCCAGAGCAUAUUCGACGCAGACAAAAUGGCGGAGAAAAUGAGUGCUGGAGGCGGAAUCGUGAAGAUGGACUCGGCGGAGCGUGAGAAAAGGGAGAAGACAAAAGUCUUGGCUGGCAUGAACAAGCAGCGCUUUAGCAUUUGUUGGGACGUUGUCAAGGCGUACUUGGACAAAAGUGCGUGGGGUUGGGUCAGUAUGGAGAGCUUGUUUGGCUUUGCUAUGAAGACGGUGGGAUAG